AAUGCUGGUCACGUGGUGCGUCGGGAGCGGGCGGUGGGUGUGUCUAAUAGCGUGUGGUUUCAUUCAUAACUACAGUCUUUAUUUGAAGCCCAAAUUAAAGUAUGCAGACGGGGCAGGCUGCCUUCGGAGCGCCGCUUCAAACGGAGUCUACAGCCGGGCUGGGAGCAGACGACGCAGAGAUGUGGGACAGCCCUGAUCGGCGGGUUUUCGGAGGGGAGAGGAAGAUGCUGCUGCUGCUGAUGCUGAGGCUGCUGCUGCUGAGCGCCGCCGGCUGCAACGGGUCGCUGUAGUCAGCCUGCACAGACCGGAGGGAAGCUGCUUCAACACCGCCCGUAUAGACCGUAAGGGUUCACUCACGCUGACCUGGACCAUGAGCAAUGAUUUGCCUGUUCUGACAAGUCUGACUGAGAACUCCACUAAGCAGUUAGAAGAAGAAGACAGAAACCAGGGGACAGCCUGGUCCCAUUCACAGCUGGAUGUGCCUGUGUCGGCGGGCCAGGUGGAGAACUAUGUGCUGCUGCUGGUGCUGCUGAGUGUUUUUGCCGGUGGGAUGCUGGUCUUGCUCUCUCUGCUGCUCCUCUUCUGCCACCGCUGCUGCAUGGGUGGACGACGCUACUCAAGAGCCAGCGAUGACCUUGAGAAGACAAACACCACCUAUGCUGAGGAUUCUCAGCCCACCCAAGAGAUCACCAUUCAUCUGGAUGAAUCAGAUGCUCUCUCAGCUUCAAGCUGUCACGAUGGAGAGUCAGAGCGAUUUGUCUCCACUGGGUCCACUGGCCGCAGAGUCUCCUUCAAUGAAUCUGCACUUUACGAACAGGAGAAGACGACUCAGGACAAAGGACGCAGGUAUACUCUGACUGAGGGAGACUUCCACCACCUGAAAAAGGCCCGGCUGACUCACCUUCACCUUGCUCCGGCCCCGUGUGACCUGAAGAUCCUCACCAUCAUGGAGUGUGACUCAACAGAGAGCAGCACCGUCAACAUCAGUGAGACUGCAGCUCCCAAACUGCCCCUCACCAUCUACCAGCCCACUGAGAGGAGAGUCACCGACUGGAUGGGACAGAGCAUCAGUGGUGGUCUGCCAGGAGACCCGCACCACUCCACCAUCCUGGACCAGGGCCCCAAACAGGCCUCAUCAGCAAUGAAAACACAGCACACACGGUCCCAGACAAUGGAGGCUGUCGGGGACAGGGGAGAGGCUGAGAGCGAAAGGGGGAUGAGAGGAGAGUUGACUCAAGCUCCAGGCCAGACUUCAGUUCUACAUUUCUUCUCUAAACUGCGGCGCCAUGCCAGUUUGGAGGGGGCAGGGCCUUACUUCAGGAGGUGGAAGUUUGACAGCAGUCACCGGGCUGCCAGCCUGGAUGCCAAAGGAUCCCCCAAGAGAAGGCCCUUCCAGAGACAGAGAGCAGCAAGUGAAACCACUGAUCACACCGAAGACGACUCUUCUCUCCGAGAUGAGGUCAUUGAAUCUUUCCCACACACUCCCAUCCAGACGACCAGUGGCCUCCAGUCCCUCUCUGCAGAGUCUUUGUCUCACCCCGCCACUGCACCCUCGUCCUCAGUCUUUCUCAGCAGGUUAAACCUGGAGGCCAUGGUGGAGGUAGGUGGUAGCAGCAGCAGCACCAGAAGAGAGGAUCUCCGUUCGCCAACAAAUAAUUGUUGUGCCCAGAGGCAAGAGGAGGCCACAGCCAAUGGAACAGGGGUAGAAAAAGAAACAAAGUUCAGCGCAGUUACAAGAACAGAAGCAACACGAGUCAAGCUAGAAUCGGUAGAAGAUGAUGACUUAAAUGGGGCACAACAUGAAGCUGCCAUACAGGAAAGUUUUGAAGACAUGUUAAGGAAAAGUAAAGACACAAAGACAGAUGGCAUGACAUCAGAUGUGAGGAAACAGAGUGAGGCAGAGGUAGAUGACGGAGACGAGGUGGGGUUGGGAGCUGAGGCCAGACAAAGGGCCAACUCAGGCUCAUCUCUUUCCUUCAUGAUUCGCCAGGAGAGCUCGGAGGCUCCUCCUUCCCUGUACAGAGACAUUUGGAGCUUGCGAGCCUCUCUGGAGCAAUACGCCUCCUCAGACCAGAGUAGCACGGAUCGGGAGUCCACCCGUAGUGAUGCCGACAGCGUCUCAUCCCUCGGUGGUGCAGGAGCCCGCUCUGGCCUGGACAGCUGCUUGUCCCAAGAUCUGGACGAUGAGCCUGAAGGAGAAGGGGAGGGAGAGGUGUCAGAGGGAGGAAUCAGAGGGGCGUCAGGUGGGGACAGUGAGAUGGGAAGUGGAGCUGGAGGAGAGGGUGAGGCAGGGAACCGUAAGCUCCUCCAGAUGGACAGUGGUUAUGCCUCCAUUGAAGCACCAUCCAGGGCCCCUGAGGAAAUGCGGCUUUUUGGGACCCCUGGAGCUCCUCGAGGGAAGACGGCGUCCGAGAGAAGGUUGUUCUUCACCAGCUCUGGGAGAAAAGGUUCAGUGUGUGAGAGCAUCGAGGCCAAGCUGUUUCAGGAGGAGCUGGAGGAUGAGAUGGCAGACAGCACAGAGACAGGGGAGAAACUUGAGAGAUCUCAAACUGGCAGCCAGUCUCUUACCCUUCAAGAACCAUAUCAACUUCUGAAAUCCCUUCAUCCUCAGAAACCUCCAGAAUCACAAUCACAGCUGAUGUCUCCGCUGAUGAAGACAAUCCCACAGCCCUCUAGUCCUCACCAACCUCGUCUCCGCCGCCGUGAUUAUAGCAUUGAUGAGAAGACAGACGCUCUUUUCAAUGAGUUCCUCCGUCAUGAUCCGCGGUUCGACCAGCAGGAUUCUCCGCUGCGCUCCAGGCACCGAUCCAGAGUUCACCUCCGGAAACAGUGGCAGAGACACAAGCAAUACAGCGACCCAGGGUCAGGCGCUGGGGGUAGGUACUCCCCAUCUUUGGAGAGGCAGAGGUUCACUCCGCUGCGGAGAGGUGACAGUGCCGGUUACCCUCUGGACACCAGGUAUCACAGCACACUCUCACGCAUUGCGAGUGCUGCAGAUGAAGAAGCCAGUGAGGUUGCCGCUUGCGAGGAAGCGGCCAAAGCGAGCAAAGAGAGCAAAGAUCCAUCAAGUGAAGGAACUACGGGGGAUGCCGCAGAAAAUACAGCCAACACAACCUCUGAGGGCACUGACACAACAAAGAGUUGUGCAGAGUCGACUGGUGAGGGUGAUGGCAGCCAAGUUUCCUCAAAAAAGGACACAGAAAGCACAACUAGCCAGUCUUUGAUCACUGUGACUGCACAGAAGAGCUACAUGGAUCCAAGAGUCGACAACAGAAACAACAACAGUAGUCAAGCUAUUCUGUCAGAGAGCAGCCUGACAGACAAGCUGGUCGUGUCAGUGGAAGAGAGGCUCUAUGGCGGCCUGCGGCGUGCAGAAAAGCUCGGACAGGGAGGAACGGAGCGUGUGUUUACCGUGUCUCACACAGCCUCACCUGGCUUCAGUCCCAUAUAAGCUGUCAACAAUCCCAUCUUUUUCAUCAACUUUAUUUCAAAUCCAUUGUCUAUAGACGACAGACUUGAACAAAAUGGUCUAUAGCACUUCAAACAUCAUGUGUUACUUGGUCAAUCUGUGUCCCUUACAUUUGGACAAAUCUUCAAAAUAAACAUGGUCUGGUAACCGAUGCAUCAAAACACAGAUAUAUUCUAAAGGACAGAAGUACCUUCUUGAUGCCCAGUCUUUUCCAGUAUUUAAUUUCAGACCUUAAUUUCCACUGUGACGCCAUGUGACAUGUGAUACCCCUUUUUUAUUGGCAAUCGUUCUUAAAAUAAAUGCAUUAAUCACAUAGCUUUGAAAAUAUAGACCUAUCUUUAGAAAAAAUUAAUAUUUUCAGACUUAACUGUGAAUUUUGAGCAUGCUACUGUAUGUCCAAACAAUGUGUAUGUGAAUACUGUACAGUUUUAACUUUAAAACAAAAAGCACUUUGAUGGGAAGAAAGAUAAUGAUGGAGUUUCUGUCACCCAUUUCUCUCAUUUUAAAACCAUAUCCUCCUCAAGUGUC